AUUGAGAGUAGGAACAAACACAAACGUGGUCAGUUUAUAAUCAAGCACACCAUCUGGAAGGCCACGCUUUGUUCCCGGUUAGAAAAACAUCAAGAAAAUGCCUCAAAAACCAAAGAAAAGGCCACCACCACCAGCUAACCAGAUUGAAACAGUCACAAUGCAAAAUGCAGAGACUGUGAUGUCUACAUUUAUUAAAUACUACAAGGGUAUUGGUUUGGUACCGGAAGAAGAAUGGAAACAUUUCUUCACCAGUUGCUUUUCAGAUCUACCAUUCACCUUCAGAAUCUGCGAAAACCGUCGAAAAAUCAACAAUAUAUUAGAAGGAAAACCGGGAACCCUUGGACAAGCUGAAGUGUUAAGGGAGUUCCUUAGAAAUAGCAUUUUCCCCAAAGUUGCCAAUGUGAAGGUGGAUGAUGUACCAUUUGAAGUCACUCCGUUGCCAUGGUAUCCCAAACAACUGGCCUGGAGAACUAAUGUUGAUCAUAAGACAUUCUUCCAGUGUGACGAUCUGAAACCCAUUAGCAACUUUAUAACCCAAGAAGACAAAGCAGGUUUUGUGUCGAAGGGAGAAAUUGCAAAUAUGAUUCCACCAUUGCUUGUAGAUAUCAACCCAAGUCAUAAGAUUCUGGAGAUGUGUGCUGCUCCGGGAUACCAGACCACACAGAUUCUAGAACAGAUCUUAAACAGCCCGAAAAAGCUAUCUGAUGGAUUUGUUGUGGCUAAUGAUGUAGACUUCAGGAUCAACUACAGAUGGUCACAGGGAACAAAUGUUUUCUUCACACAUGAAGAUGCCAAGAAAUUCCCGGAUCUGUAUACAACUGAAGAGCAUGUUCCUGAAAGCAAAAUCUUGUAUGACAGAAUUUUCAUUGAUGCACCUUCAAGUGAUGAUGGAUCAUUGAGAAGCAACAAGAAGGUCAGAGCUGGCUGGAAUGUUACCAAGGCACAGAAAAAUCACAAGGAUCUGAAGGCAAUGCUUCGUCGAGGACUUGAACUCCUGGAAUUGAAUGGACAGCUUGUCUACAUCACUACAUCACUCAAUCCAAUCGAAAACGAGGCUGUUGUUGCAGCUCUCCUGAAAGAAGCUCCAGAAACACUUGAAUUGGUUGAUGUGAGAAACCGCCUGCCAGACUUCCAUGUUAGACCAGGAAUGGCAAAAUGGAAGGUAAUGAGUCAGGGACUUGUGUUCUAUGAUACAUUUGAAUCCAGCCCCCUGUGGUUCCAGAAGGAAAAUGAGGACACCUUGUUUGCCCCAACAGAAGACGAUGCAGCUUUGUUAAACCUGGACAGAUGUUUGAGAGUGAUGCCACAUGACAAUGAUACUGGAGGUUUCUUUGUUGCUGUAAUUACUAAGUUCGGACCAUUGCCAUGGCAGAAAGAUGAGGCUGAAGAAGCCAUGGAGACAGAAGCUGAUGUAAAACAAGAGGGGAAAGAGGACAAAGUUGACGGAGCGGGAGAUGCUGAGAAGAAAAAGAAGAGUCCUUAUACAUUGCCGAUACGUGUAGAUGUGAAUGUCUGCUGCUCCGAGAUAGAAUGGACAACAGAAGUUACCAACGAAUCUUUGAAUACAACAGCUACUACGGAGACUAGCAACUUUGAUCUUGCUCCAAUGAAGAUUUCAAAAUCUUGCAUGCCAGCUUGGCUACAGAAGAAACUGCAGGAGCAAGCUUGCCGCUAUGAGGAGGUUAAACCUACAGACAGUGAAUGGGUUACAUACAGGGACAUGUUUGAUUUGAAGAAAGUAAAUCCACUACCCAACAUGCUGAAAUACGUACAAGAUGGCAAAUUUACGCUUUUCUACUACUACAACCCAACAGUUCGCUCUCUCAUCAGAUUCAACACAGAAGUUGCUAGGAGGAGCAAAGCCCAAUGUGGUGGAAUGCUCAUGAUGAGAUGUGCUGAUGGUGGAAAAACCGAUGUAAAGAGUACACUGCCGGUACUACAGUUCAUGAACAAACGCCUGCUCACAAUAACAAGGGCAGAUCUGGUACAAAUGCUGGAAAACAAGGAAGUUGUCAUAAAGGACUUGACAGACAGGCUACAGAAAGAACUUCAAACCGUCCCUGACAAUGGCCCAGUCUACUUCCUCUAUGAACCAAAAGGAAAGAAUGCAGAUCCAAAGUGUGCAAUUGUAAUCUGGCGUGAAAAGUUUCCACUGUUCGUGAAGGACGAGUUCUUCACACGAUCGGAACGUCAGCACUGUCUGCGACUGUGUGGAGUUGAUCCAGACACCGUAGAAGCCGAGGAGGAAGAAGAGGCCAUGGAGUAACAUGUUCACACGUCUUCGUCCACAUGCUGUGUCGCCGGAAAGCCCAUUUCUUGACCUACAGCAGAAGAUCAUUCUACUUUGAAAGCUUACAAACCUGGGAACAAUACUUUCAACUAAUUUCAAUGGAACUUUUUGUUGGUAGCAAUUCAUCAGUGUCGUGUUAUUUUGGUUCUUUUUAAUCAGUAACUCUUAAACUCUAUUGAGGCUUAAUAUCAAGUUAAAAUUGGAAAAGACAAAUAUGUCUUCUACCUUUGUGACUAUAAUGGAAAAAAAUCAGUGAUUAUUGGCUUUGGUCGAGUGAAUUUUAUAACUAAAUUUGAUUUUGUGGAAACAAUUCUAGGGUGUUUUAACAAAAUAUGAACAAAUAUAUGUCUAAAAGUAAGUGUAACAUUGUUGUAGUAAUGUUUUUAUGUUGUAAAGAAGAAUCAUGGAAAAACUAAAAGUUGUAGUAAAUAACACUGAUUAUGUAUAUAGUAUGACCAACAGUUUUCCCAUUGAUUUUAAAAAUCAACUCAUUGCAAUUCAUUUCUCAUUGAUCCUUAAACUUCAUUUUGUUUUAUAAACUGUGGUCUAUAGACAAUAAAGUCAAUGACGAUUUAAAAAUC